AUGCAAGACCACCGCGCAACAAAGAGGAAACGCACGACUCUGGCAUGCGACGCAUGUAGGGCACGGAGGACUAAAUGUGAUUCGCAAAGACCGGCAUGCCGCUAUUGCCAAACUCACGGCGUGGUCUGCAUCUACCAGGAGCCGCCGCUGGAGCCCCCCAGUCGUGUUGAGGAAGAGUUGUAUGCUCUGAAUAACCGUCUAGAUCAGCUGAUCAGGUUGGUGCUUCCAGCACAAUCGAGAACCGAAUAUGGAAACCUGGUCAACGAAGAAGACUCGCCGUUUGAUCUGCCUUCCAAGCUGCUCGGUAACUCAUCUAUUAUGAAAAUGCUUGGACUCGAUGCAAACUUUACCCAGAUUCUGGUACAAGGGGAACUGACUACCGAGUCCAAAAGCCACGUGAACCCAGGUACCCGCAUGCUUAUCGUUCGUCAUCAAGACACAGUGAACGCAUUGGCUGCAUUCUCUGCGCGCGUGCACAUCUGGUAUCCCAUUCUUCCCUCGGAAUAUUCGGAUGAGUACUUCCGGCUGCUCUCCGGCUGCUUGCUUCCUUCGUCGGAAACAUGCCUUGCCCUUCUUGUGGCAGCGAUCGGCCUUGUCAUAGAGGAAAACGAAGCAAGCUCAAGCACGCCAUAUUUUGAAACCGCUCUUGCCUCGUUACCAAACAUUGUCUCCGAAUGCAGCGUACGCAGUGUGCAAUGCUUAAUGUUGAUUAGUUUGUAUUAUUCUUGUCUACUAAAGCCUUGUCAAGCACAUGACUAUUGUUUGAUUGCAUCGUCAAAGAUCCAGACCAUCUUCAAAAGUGGGCUGGAAGGGGAUGAUCCCAAUAUCGUGGAACAAACUCGGCGAGCAUAUUGGGCGGCACUGCUACUCGAAAACGAACUUGCUGCCCAGUUCGAUGCUCCCAGGAGUGGCAUAUGGUGUUUGGACGAGCAUGUCCCAUUGCCACUAUGCCAGCAGGUAUGGCAGUUUCCGCCAGAGAGCACUUCAUCAGGAACUGCAGCACCCGUUCCCCCAGGUGGUGCAGCAUGCACCGAUACAGGCGGGGAAAAGACACGAUCCUAUUUCCUGGCGGAGAUUGCUAUGAGGCGUAUGCUGCAUCGAUGCAACACAGCUGUCCAGUUGACGGCCACUGGAAAAUACGUCUACGCACCAAAUAUCGCCUUGGAGUUAGAAAACCAGCUCGAGGAAUGGUAUCGUUACCUACCCGAAAUCAACCGUUUUGAGAAGGGCGACGUGUCUCAGCCGUUGGGACUGAUCAACAUACCAUCCUGUCCUCUAUCGAACUUCCUGCGCGUCCAGUACUACUGCUGUAGGCUUUCUAUAUUCUGGCCGGCCGUCUAUCAUGCAAUGCAGGAUGGAUCUGUUUCCAACAGUCUUCUGGACCAUUGCAAGCGAUUCCUCGAUUCUUACGUGCUGCUGGCACCGAGUAUUAUUGCAGCAUUCCAUGACUGCCGAGUGAACAGCUGGACAGUCUUUGUGAGUAUUUUCAUCACUUCCGUGGCCGCGUUGACUGCAGCAAAGGCCCCAUGUUUGAGAGGACUCUGUUCGCCUCGGUUGUAUCAAUCUAUUCAAGCAUCCGGACGAGCCGAUCGAGCAACAGUGCAAAAGAGCGCAUCCUUGAUGAUGCUACAAGGUGUCCUAGAAAAACGGGUUUCAGAGGCUGGGCUGUAA